GCGGCAGCAGCGUCUGCGGGGGCGAUGGAGGAGAAACCCUCGAAGCGCAAAGAGGUGCAACGCCACAGAGGACGAAAGUGGCCGGUUCUCCAGCAAGUCCAAUCCAAACCCCUACCCUUUAGACUGGUGGCCCGUCCCUGCGUCUGCCCACAGGAGGCUGGCGCCACACGCAGGCCCGGCCGCCCCUUCGGCUCCCAAGGCAACUCCCUCUUGCAGCGAUUCCUGUGGCACAUAAGAGAGAGGUGGAAAUUGCUCGGCCUUUUUGAGAUUAAUGCCCAACAUGAGUAUUACGGCCUGACGUGCAUGAUUAAGACAGGGCUUCGGGAAGCCAUCCAGGUCUCCAUAGACUGCCCUUAUGGGCAAUCCCUAAAGAAGGAAGAUUAUACAUCUGUAUUGAUCCAGCCCCACAAGGGCUUUGAAAUGGGCACCCUCGCAGCCCCUGUCUUUGCCCACCUUCGCCACUUCCUGGGCCUGGCAGAAAAGGAUUACCAGAACUCCUUGAGUUCCAGCCGCUGCUUCUUACAGUUUAUCAGUAAUUCCAAGAGCAAAGCGAACUUCUUUUUGACAAAUGACAAGCGCUUCUUCUUGAAGACCCAAGAUAAGUGGGAGGUCCAGUUUCUGCUCUCCAAACUGGCCCUCUACAUUCAUCACCUCCAUGAAUACCCCCAUUCCCUGCUUGUCAAGUUUCUAGGUAUCUAUAGCAUCAAGGUGGCUCAGGAGAAGAAGAAGUACUUCAUCAUCAUGCAGAGCAUCUUCUACCCUGAUGAUCGAAUUUCUGAAAGGUAUGAUAUUAAAGGCUGCCGACUGAGCCGCUGGACGGAACCUUUGCCUAAGGACAGCAACAUUAUCAUGGUGCUAAAGGAUCUCAACUUUGAGGGACACACCAUCUCCCUGGGGUCCCAGCGGAACUGGUUUCUCAAGCAGAUGGAGCUGGACACGGCCUUCCUGCGUAACCUCAACGUCUUGGACUACAGCCUCCUGGUGGCCUUCCAGAAGCUGCACGUGGAUGAGAAGAACUCAAGCAGGAACAUCGUGACCCGUAUAGCCCAGUCUGCGCAUGGGGCAUGGGGCGAGGCUUCAUCAGUAACUUACUUGGCUUCGGACAUGCUAGCCAAGCAUCUGCGGAAGUACCCCACCCUGGCUUCCCUGAGCAAGAGCAAGUCUUACAACCUGGCUGCCCACAACUGCCGGCUCCUGCCCGAUGUGCCCAAUGCCUUCCACACCCUGGAUGGCCCAGAACAUCGCUACUUUGUAGGGAUCAUAGACUUUUUUACUGUCUACAAUCUCCGCAAACGGAUAGAGUUCUUUUGGAAAUCCCUUCUUCACCCCGGCCGUUCCAUCUCCACCGUCAGCCCCACCCACUAUGCCAGCCGCCUCUGCCGUUGGGUGGAUACUCACACCGUGUGACAGGGUGUCCUCAGAAAAGUCCCACCCUGGGUUGCUCCCUUGCACCACGAGGGGGCAGCCUUGGCUCAAAAGAAUCAGACUCCUUCAUGGUAGGCUAUGCACUUGGGAUGACGUUAUGACUCCAUUCCCUACUCCUAUCCCAUUCUUCCCAGACAUCCCGGGAUGCUGGGGAGAUAAAGUUGGGGUCAGAAAAUAAUCUGAUGUAGCAGGAAGAGCACUGGACUGAACAUUAGGAUACCAGCAGUUCUGGUCCCAUCUCUGCCUCUAAUUUACUAUGCUUCCUUCAUCUGGGCCUUGGUUUCCUUCUCUGUAAAAUGAGUGUGUUGGAUUUAAUAGACUCAAAGGUCAUUCCAGCUCUACGAUGUUGUGGUCUGGUGAGGAGAACAUUCAGGGGCUUAACAUACAUCUCCUUCUUCUCUACUCAUGGUCUGAAUGCUGGGUCUGAGCCAUCCAUGAGAAGAGAAUGACUUCUGGGCAAACCCUUGGUCUCUGUUCAACCACCACCAUGGCAAGUGACUCUUGGGAGAGGGCCACACCCUCCCGAUCCAUCUGCCGAUUCCCAGAGCCCAUAGCCUAGGGAAUAGAAGAGAAAUUAUAAUAGAGUGUUUCACCAAGUGCAGGGAACAGGGUUCUUGUUGGGGGUGCUUAUGAAAAUUAUUCUUUUAUGAAGAAGUAUGUGGAGCCAAGGUGGCGGCAGUGGGGUGGUGAUUCACAUUAAGGCAUCUGCACCCUGUCUUGUGUAACCCUGAACAAAUUGUUCAGCUCUUGAUGCCUUCAUUUCCCCCUCAGUAAAGUGGGGAAAAUAAUCAUAAUUGCUCCCUCUAUCUCUUGGGAGAGAAAUGUAAGUUGAGAUAACUGGAGGAUAGAUGUUAUAGCAAUAUACCAAAUAUUCUGCUAUAUCAGGGAUCUGUCAUUUCUUUGGGAUGGGUACUUCCUUCACUGUUGUGGUUUAGCAACGUUUCUCUGAUGCAGUAGAUGAUCUUUAAGAGUUCUGUCCAAAAAAAAAUGCAUCACGUUAUGGUUAGUUGAUCAAUAAACAAGCAUUUAUUAAGCACUUAAUGUGUGUCAGAUGCUGGGGAUAGAAAGACAAAAAUGAGACAGUCCUUGACCUCCCACAGCCUACUUUACUAUUCCCCAGCUAGG